AUGAACCACUUCACAUAAAUUUGGAGUCUUUGCAAAUGCCAGUGAUAAUAAAUGCUCAUCGUAAUGGCUACUAUAGACAGAAUUAUGACAGUGUUGGAUGGGAGAAUAUAGCUGCGCAGUUUACACGAAAUCCGGUGUUUGAUCCUUAUACGAGAUACGUGCUUUUGAGCGAUGCAUUUUCUGCAGCUGUUAUCGGUCAGCUGGAUUACAAAUUUGUGUUCAAGCUCAUUCGAUAUGCUUACUCAUCCAAAAGCGGUGAAAAGCAAUGGCUACCAUGGAAAGCAAUUGUAGAUGAGAUG